AUGUAUCCAGCGCCGUUGUUGUUAGACGACCUGCCAGCUGCGGAGCACAUGCCCGAGAAGUUAAUUAAUGCGCCUUCUACGAGGCUCCAAAACGACUCCCUGUCCCAUUUAGAACGCGAACGAGCCUUGUCAGAAGGCGAAGAAGAAGAAAAUCGCCGCCGUCGCCUUGGAGACAUUGAAGACUUUACUGCCAUUUCUGCGACUUUUCAAGAAUGCUAUUCAGAAGGAGAAGAACUUCCUCAGAGACUUCCUAAUUCUACCUCGUCUGUCUCAGCCAGUGAGGACAGUAGUUUGAGCUUGACGGACAGUGAUCGUACACUCUUGGGUGAUCCGCCUUUAGCUGAAGAAACCGACUGCGAUGUUGAAAUGGGUCUAGCCACUCGCAGAAGAAAUGCUUUGGUUCAAGUCGAGCCGGAAUCUGUCGAUACAAUACCGGAACUGGAGACCGUGAAAUUUUUUUUUAAGGUGAUGUCAAUCAGUGAAGAUGCGGAUGAAAAAUGCUGCACGGCCAUGGUUGACAAGCGCAUCCCGUUGGCAAAUUUCAAAUCAGAACUAGAGGUGCUUCUAAAUGUUCCUGCAGAGUUUCUUUUAGUUUAUAAAAAAACCCCAACAACGGCGUCUACCUUUGGAACAACGGAAAGGGAGUGGGCUCAACAAAAUGAAACCCUUGGAGACGACCCACAAAUAUCUGUUCGCCUUGGUCGAGCCCUGAGACCGGGUGAAGUGCGUGGCAAAAUUUUUCAGCUGAAAAUCAAUGACACCCAAGAACGUACACAGUUACUGUUUGAAUGGGUGCUUUCAACUGGUGUUCAAAUCGGUAAAAUGAAACGAGACAUUUUGGCCGAAAUGAAGAGUCGUCAUGGCAUUGAAAUCCCUCCUGAAAAAUGUAUCUUGCGCAAGAAACACUGGCGUACACCGUCUACCGUCUAUGGAGCCGAAGAAGAAGUAUUGGACACUGAAUUACUCUACAUUUUCAAAAAUUGGGAAAUGUUUUUACAAUUGUUGGAUGUUAACAACCCCCUCGAACUUUCGUCAAAUUAUCGAGGAGCUGAAACGGUCAUCUUCACUCGUCGGUGGCGACCGAGCACAUUUACACUGGAGCCUUUUGUCGACACGCCUCUUGCCGAAUUUAAUCGUAUUGUGCUGGGUCGAAAAUUGUCAGAGGUGAGUGGUUUGAAACCCGAACAGAUCGAGAUAGCCAAGGCACCCGGAACUUUUCCUUGCGAGGGCUCCCUUCUUGGAAUCCACGAUGAUAUUACAUGGGUCCCCUUGCUGACGACCGGUUCGGAUGACGACGGCUCCUUCAAAUACCCUUGCAGCGUGCAGACGGACGGUGAUGUAGUCUAUUGGCGCGAGAAAGGCGAGCCGCUCAAGAAGCUAACGGAACAGGAACGUAGAGAGAUUCUUAGCCGAGAGAACACUGAUUCAACCGCUUCCGGAACUUCCUAUUCAACCGUUUCCGCUUCACCUCGCAAAGAACGCCCGCUCAGAAUCUUUAUAGACUCGCCCAAAUCUAGCAGCGUGAAAGAAACGAUUGAAGGGUAA